GUUCGUUUCCCAUUGGAUACUCGCUGGGAAGGUGGAGUUAGGAUGGGAGGCUCUGAAGAGCAUUCCGAAUCGAGUUUGCGAAGAGCAGAAAAGCAACAACUCGAAGUAGUGAAGUGAGAUUCAAAAGCGGAGAAAAUAAAACUAUUAAAAGUCCAGAAAGCUGCUUUCUAGACAGAUUUGGAUGGUAGUUUUUCACCAAGCGCAAAGGACAGUUAAUUUCUGAGUCUGGUUAGGAGUGGGGUGGGGGGGAUUCACUGAUGGAACUUAACAGAGACGUGCGCUUUGGAAGAACUGUGCCUGGAAAAGAGUAGCAAUACUAAUCAUUUUGCAAACGCGGGUCUGUUUCGUGUGUAGUUGGGGUUUGGAUUGUUAUGAGGUACCAUGGCGUGGUGUGAUCGUGGAGUUCAGAUUUUGCUUACCACCGUGGGGGCCUUCGCGGCUUUCAGCCUGAUGACCAUCGCCAUUGGCACGGAUUAUUGGCUCUACUCAAGGGCGCAUAUCUGCAAUGCUACCAACAUCAGCACGGACGAAACUCAACCCAAGAAAGCCAAAGGAGAUCUAACGCACUCUGGGCUGUGGAGAGUGUGCUGUAUAGAAGGUAUUAACAAAGGGAGCUGUUACAGAAUCAACCACUUUCCAGAUGACGAUGACUAUGAUACAGACAGCUCAGAGUAUCUCUUACGUAUAGUGCGAGCCUCCAGUAUCUUCCCCAUCCUCAGUACCAUCCUGUUGCUGCUGGGGGGUCUCUGCGUGGGGGCUGGGAGAAUCUACAGCAGUAAAAACAACAUCAUCCUCAGUGCCGGGAUUCUGUUUGUAGCAGCAGGCCUCAGUAAUAUCAUUGGAAUCAUCGUUUACAUCUCCAGCAACGCGGGGGACCCCAGUGACAAGAAGGACCAGGACAAGAAAAACCAGUACAACUACGGCUGGUCCUUCUACUUCGGGGCUCUGUCCUUCAUCGUGGCCAAAACCAUCGGGGUGCUGGCCGUGAACAUCUACAUCGAGAAGAACAAGGAGGUCCGCUUCCAGGCGCGUCGCGAGUUCAUCAGGACCACCUGCUCCUCCUCCUCGCCCUACUCCCGCAUGCCGAGCUACAGAUACCGCCGGAGACGCUCGCGCUCCAGUUCCCGGUCCACAGAGCCCUCCCCCUCCAGAGAGGUCUCUCCCGCGGGGAUGAAGAUGCUUCGCUCGAUGCCCAUGACGGAGAUCUCCAUGUAUACCCUGCCCAGGGACCCCCUGAAGGCUUCUACAGCAGCCUUGUGCAACCCGGAGCAGGACUUCCUGGAGGUUCACAACUGCUUCCAGACGGACCUCAAAGAUGGGGGCAACAGGCGGACCACGCCUGUAUGA